AUGGAUUACUCCCAUUUCCCCUCCCCUCCUGCCUCAUACACUCCACCCUCGCCAUUCGCAGCAAUUCGCAGCGCAAAAUAUAUCAUCGGCACGGACGAGUGGUUGGAUGAUACGAUCACAUGUCAUCUGAUCGGGCUACGCCUUUUCAGCACCACUCCCACCCUCCCCACCUCACACUUGGGCACCCAUACUCAAUCUCGCAGUCGAGCAGCAGCAGGGCAGACAAAAGCAGAGAAUGCAGGAGGAGGAGCAACAGGAGCGGCAGAAGCACAUGCAGUGGAAACAGACGAAGGCAGUGGUGCAACCGAGACAGGAAAAUCUGCAGCAGCAGAAACAUCAGAAGCAGGUCCAGCGGAAUCGCGAAUCACAAAAGGCACACCUGAAGAAACACCUGGAAAAUCACCUGAAGAGAAUCCUGAGAAAAUAUCAGAUCGACCAGCUUCCCCUCUCUCAUCCUCCUCCCCCUCCACUCCCUCCUCUCCCCCCCAACCUCCCUCUGCCCUCACGCUCCUCUGGCCAAUCAUAGUGCACCCCCAUUUCAAGGCCUCUAAUGUGCACGUUCUCGUGCUCCCAUUGGUGGCGCCCUGCCACGUGGAAGCGUAUGAGAGGCUGUGCUGGCAGCGCACUUGUGGGGGAGGGGCGGGGUUGGCGCAUGGGGGUGGGAGCUGGGGAGGGGGAGGGGGAGUGGGGGUAGCAGGGGGGGGGGGCGCGGGUGGUUUGGGGGGCGCUACUAUUGGUGGUUCCAGUGGACCCACGCUGUCUGCUCUGCAUGCCAACCUGCCCGCUGUUACAGCGGCAAUCUUUCCUACUCAAUGCGGUCGUCUUGCUCGCUCACUGCAUCGAUUCUCUCAUCUCAACCGACUCUACCGUCACUCCCAUGGCUCCCCCACGCACCUCCCCUCUCCGCCCCCUCCGCCCCCUCUUCAGCCCUCCCCUCCAUCUCCCUCACUGGGGGAGGAGGAGGAGGAUAUGGGGGAGGAGGGAUGGGAGGGGUGGGCGCUGGUGCGAAGGCUUCUUGGUUCCGCGCCAGGCUUGGGCGGAGGCUCGGGAGGAGGGGAUGUGGGGAGGAAGGGUGGGGGUGUAGGGGAUGGUGUGAUGCUCCAGCUGCUAAAAGCGGCUGAGCUGGAGGGCAUCAGACUGCUCAUCUCAACGUAUCUCCCCUUUGGUGAGAAUGCAUUCCACUUGUCCUAG